AUGAAUAUAUUUCGUGGUAUGAUUUUCUGGAAUAUUCCUUAUCGAGGAAAUCUAUCGUGGAGUUGGAGGAAAAUGCUGCAAAUUAGACCUAUUAUCCGUCAGUUUAUAUGGGUUAAUAUUGAAGAUAGUGCUUUAACAAAUGAUUGGUAUGAUAAUUGGUGUAGUAGUAGCCAAUUAUUUGAUAAAUUUUCACCUAGAGAGAUCGCUUCAGCAGGUUUCUCCAUAGAUACUAAAGUUGGGCACCUUGCUCGUGAUGGUCAAUGGAAUGUUCCUCAACAACGGUUGCACCGAAUUGAUUUGUUUACAUCUGCCCCCAUUAUGUCUAAUGCUGCAGAUUCUUGGUAUUGGGGAGAUAGAGAUGGUGUUGAACGACCUUUUUCGGUUAAUGUAGUUUGGGAAGAUAUUCGACCAAGAAAUACUAGUACUAUUUGGUGUGAUUUAGCUUGGUUUAACUAUUGUAUUCCUAGGCAUGCGUUUAUUCUUUAG